AUGAAACGUUACUUUCAGAGAAAGAGUUUAAAUCCUCCUUCAAAUAAUCCAGGUAGUUUCAACCCUCCUUCAAAUAAUCCGGCUAGUUCCAACCCUCCUUCAAAUAAUCCGGCUAGUUCAAAUCAACCUUCAAAUAAUCCGCCUACUUCACAUCCUCCCUUAAAUAAUUCGGGUAGUCCAAAACGAUCGGAGGUCACUGAGUUGGAUGAAAUAUUGGCUAAUCUUCCUGCAGACCCUGGACUUAGACCUCCAAUGACUUAUUAUAAUCCCAAUUUUAACAAAUCUGAAGAGCCUAUUUGCAAAGGGGUCCUUGUCAGCCUAAAAGCCAAAACGACAUGCCUCAAACACUUAUGGGGGGAGAGUAAUCGACGUUUUCUUGUGAAAUGGUUUGAUUCAUUUGUUUGGUUGGAGUAUAGUAAAGAGAAAGAUGCUGCAUUUUGUCUUCAUUGUUAUCUUUUUAAAUGCGACUUUGAUAAACAAGGAAAGGCUAGAAGCGAUGUCUUCACUGAGAAAGGGUUUAAAAAUUGGAGGAAGGGACCCAAUAAUUUUAGGGACCAUGUUGGACAAGUUGGAAGUCUUCACGAUAAAGCUACACAACAUUGUCUUCCUUUUCGUGGCCAUGAUGAAAGUGAAACAUCUAGCAAUAAGGGUAAUUAUGUAGAGCUUUUGCAAUUUCUUGCGGAUCAUGAUGAGAAAGUUUGUGCCGAUGUGUUUGAGAACGCUCUAGGGAAUCUCAAGCAUAUUGCUCCUAAAAUUCAAAAAGAUCUUGUCAACUCUUGUGCCGCUGAAACCAUUGAUGCAUCUAUUAGUGAUAUGGACAAUGCAUUCUUUUCUAUAUUGGUAGAUGAAUCAUGUGAUGUUUCAAUAAGAGAGCAAAUGGCGGUGGUGUUGUGUUAUGUGAACAAAAAAGGACAAGUAAUUGAAAGGUUUGUAGGUGUCCAAUAUGUCUCUGAUACGACUAGUAGCAAAUUGAAAGAGGAAAUUGAGCAGUUGAUUUCUUCAACAAAUUUGAGCAUGUCCAGGCUACGAGGACAGGGGUAUGAUGGUGCUAGUAAUAUGAAAGGUGAGCUCAAUGGUCUUAAAACACAGAUUUUAAGAGAAUAUCCUCAAGCAUAUUGUGUCCACUGUUUUGCACAUCAACUACAACUAGCUUUUGUAGCCCGUAGCAAAGAGAAAUGA